AUGGAGAAGUUGAAGGAGGAGGAGAAGGACGCGUCCUCGCAGCUCAAGGCUACAGAGGGUCUGGUGAGGUCCGAGGGAAAGAAGCUGAGCCUUCUCGAGCCCAAGGGCUCAUUGGCAGGCCCCAACAGGACGAAAGAGGAAGGAGUAGGGCAGGCGGAGGCAGGAAUCAAGAGGGAGAUGAAGAUGGAGGAGAAGGAAGAGAAGAUCCUAUCGUCGACAGCUCGCACCGUCGCGAAGCUCGAGAAGAAGGAAGAGCAAGACAACGGCGAAGGUGAUGAGGGAGGUCAAACAAGGUCUCGACAAAGUCUCUAG